GGGAUUUUAAUAGUUUUUAUAAAAAACAAUUUCUUAUAUAUUCCGUGGUUAAUAUCAGAAUUAUACGUGCAAUUCCCAAAGCUUUGACCAAAACGUCGUCCGUGUUUCGACGAUAGAGAGACAGAGCAAGGCGGCGGCGACGACGGAAAUUGAACGUCACGGCGUGGCGGAAAACGGCGGAGGAUGGGCGAUUUACUCGAUUGGAUUCUCUCUUUCUUAUUCCUCGUUACCCUUCUCAUCAUCGUUAUUUAUCAGCUGACAUGUUUGGCGGAUCUAGAGGCUGAUCACAUAAACCCUUAUGAUUCAUCUACCAAAAUAAACCGGGUGGUUCUACCGGAAUUUGGUUUGCAAGCACUUCUUUGCUUAUACUACGUCUUAACUAGACAUUGGUUCAUGGCGGUUUUGUCUCUUCCUCACCUUUUAUACAACAUUAGACUAUACAUGAAAAGGGAACAUUUGGCGGACGUGACAGAGAUGCACAAUACAAAUAAAUGGGAACAAAAGAAACGAUUUUACAAGAUUGGUCAUAUCUCUCUCUGCAUUUUUAUCACAUCUUAUUGGUUGAUACACUCGGCACUGGGAGAUAUCUAAGGUUGGAGAAUUCAUAUCGGACUUCACCAAAAAAAGAACUUUAUACAUUUUAAGAACGGAUUUGUAAUGGAUUUUGUUGACCACGCGACAAAUCUGUAAUCUAGUUUUACAUUUUUAUGAUUUUUGUUGUUUUUUCUACGUUGUGGCAUUUCUUUUUAGUUCGUUACACAAAUCGUAACGGCGAUGAUAAAUAAUUUAAGUUUUUUGAAUCUAAUAAAAUUAACUU